AUCAAGAAAAAGAAGAAAAUGAAAGAAGAGAAGACCGCAGAAGAGACGGAUGAAUGUGUAUCACCCGCUCCCAAAAAGAUCAAGAGUGAGAAGAUGAACACAUCAGAUGUGAACGGAAACGCAGACGCAAGUAACACCAAGCCGAAAAAGAAGAAACAGGCGACCGCAGAGACGUCCUCCGAUGCCAGCUCAGCUCCUCCGGCAGAAGCGUCCAGUGAAGACUCGAGCAGUGACAUUGAGAAAGAAACGCCGGAGCAGAGAGAGGGAGCGUUUUCCAACUUCAAAAUCUCUCAGGACACCGUCAAACUUCUGCAGGCUCGUGGAGUGACGUACCUUUUUGACAUCCAGGUGAAGACCUUUAACGCAGUGUUUGAUGGGAAAGACGUGGUUGGUCAGGCGAGGACGGGUACAGGGAAGACUUUCUCAUUUGCUGUUCCACUGGUGGAGAAGCUGCAGAUGAAUGGCGAUGACAGGAGGAGAGGUCGAGCUCCUAAGGUCUUGGUUCUCACGCCGACCCGAGAACUCGCCAUUCAAGUAACCAAAGACUUUAAGGACAUCACAAGGAAACUCUCAGUUGUGUGUUUCUAUGGAGGAAGCCCCUACAACUCACAGAUUGAUGCAAUCCGCAAUGGCAUCGAUAUACUGGUGGGAACGCCGGGUCGAAUCAGUGACCACCUGAAGAACAACAAACUGGAUCUGUCUCAGCUCAAACACGUAGUUCUGGACGAGGUCGAUCAAAUGCUGGACAUGGGCUUUGCAGAGCAGGUGGAGGAGAUCCUCUCGGUGUCUUACAUAAAAGACGCAGAGGAGAAACCUCAGACGCUGCUCUUCUCAGCCACGUGUCCUUCUUGGGUUUAUGACGUGGCUAAGAAAUACAUGAGAUCUCAGUACAUACACGUAGAUCUCAUUGGGAAGAAGACGCAGAAAACCGCCACCACAGUCGAGCACUUGGCGAUCGCCUGUCACUGGUCUCAGAGAGCGUCGGUCAUCGGCGACGUCAUUCAGGUCUACAGCGGCAGCCACAGUCGGACCAUCGUCUUCUGUGAGACCAAGAAAGAUGCCACUGAGCUCUCCAUGAACACGUCCAUCAAACAGAGCUGUCAGUCGUUGCACGGUGACAUCGCUCAGAAACAGAGAGAGAUCACGCUGAAAGGCUUCAGGAACGGCACCUUCGAAGUGUUGGUGGCCACAAACGUGGCUGCUCGCGGUCUGGACAUAUCAGAGGUGGAUCUGGUCAUCCAGUGCUCCCCCCCGAAGGACGUGGAGUCGUACAUCCAUCGCUCUGGACGAACGGGCCGAGCGGGACGAACCGGCGUCUGUAUCUGUUUCUACCAACAUAAAGAGGAAAGCCAGCUGAAGUUUGUGGAGCAGAAAGCUGGCAUCACUUUUAAACGUGUGGGGGUCCCAACAGCAAAUGACAUCAUCAAAUCCUCCAGUAAAGAUGCCAUGAGGUUUUUGGACUCCGUUCCGCCAACGGCGGUUGAAUAUUUUCGUGAGGCAGCGCGUGAGCUGAUCGAGCAGCGGGGGGCGCUGGAGUCGCUGGCGGCCGCGCUCGCUCAUAUAUCAGGAGCCACAAAUCUGGAGCAGCGCUCUCUCCUCUGUUCGGACAUUGGAUUCACCACAAUGAUUCUGAACUGCAGCACGGAGAUGAAUAACAUCGGUUACGCGUGGCGAGGGCUGAAGGAUCAGCUCGGAGAAGAAAUCGAUGACCAGAUCAAACGAAUGACUUUCCUCAAGGGCAAGAUGGGUGUUUGUUUCGAUGUGCCGGUCGGUAAAGCCAAGGAGAUACAGGGAAAAUGGCAGGACAGCCGUUGCUGGCAGCUGACGGUCGCGACGGAACUUCCAGAACUAGAGCAGAACCCGCGUCUUGGUGGCGAACGGAUGUCCGGUGGCUUCGGAGGUCGGGGUCGAGGGGGGGGGCGGCGGUCGUUUGGCGGGGGCCGGCGGUCAUUUGGCGGAGGCUUUAAGGGGAACGGCGGACGAGGGGGACGGGGAGGUCAGGGAGGACGGGGUCCUCAGAAACGAACCUACAGUCAGUCCUUUGAUUAUUGAUCACUAUGGACUGUCAUGAUGAUCUCACCCUCACAGGGUUUUUUUUUACUGCUGUUACUCCCUCAGACCAUGACGACGCAUGCAGAUUGCUUUUACAUGCAGCGGUGCUGUUUAGUUGAUGACUUUAAUUCACAUUAAAGUGGCUUUACAACAA